UCUUUUUUUUUUUGGGUCGGCAGCUACUGUUUGGGAUUGACGUGUACUAUACCCAUCCCAUUAAACAAAUAUCCAGAAAUGAACCACAAGUCAUGACCAGAUCUCCAUAAAAAGCUUCUACUUCUUUGAUCUCACUUGGAAAGCAAAACAAAGAGAGAAAUUCAACCAUGGGAAAGAGCAAGGUUCUUGUUGUGGGGGGAACUGGGUACAUCGGCAAGAGAAUAGUCAAGGCCUGUUUGGCUCAGGGGCACGCAACCUAUGUCCUCCUGCGCCCGGAGAUCGGCCUCGAUAUCGAUAAACUUCAGAUGUUACUUUCCUUUAAGGAGCAGGGGGCUCGGCUCAUUGAAGCCUCGUUUUCCGAUCACCAGAGUCUCGUGGAUGCUGUUAAACAGGUUGAUGUGGUCAUUUGUACCAUGUCUGGUGUCCAUUUCCGGAGUCACAAUAUUUUGGUGCAACUUAAACUGGUUGAUGCCAUCAAAGAAGCUGGAAAUAUCAAGCGUUUCUUGCCUUCGGAGUUUGGAAUGGACCCAGCAAGAAUGGGACACGCCAUUGAACCAGGAAACGUUACUUUCGAAGAGAAGAUGACAGUUAGGAAUGCCAUUGAAAAGGCUAAAAUACCCUUCACUUACGUCUCUGCCAACUGCUUUGCUGGUUACUUCGUUCCUAACCUCUCUCAACUUGCUACGCUCCUCCCUCCCAAGGACAAAGUCGGCAUUUACGGAGAUGGCAACCAGAAAGUUAUUUUUGUUGACGAAGCCGAUGUGGCAACAUACACAGUGAAAACAAUAGACGACCCUCGUAUGUUGAACAAGACAUUGUACCUCAGGCCAAAGGAAAACAUCCUUACGCAAAGGCAGUUAGUUGACAUGUGGGAGAACCUCACCGGUCGGACCCUCGACAAGUUCUCCAUCUCUGCCCAAGACUUCCUAGCUUCCAUGAAAGGAAUGGAGUUGGCAGGGCAAGUAGGAGUGGGGCAUUUCUACCAUAUAUUCUAUGAAGGUUGCUUAUCCAACUUUGAAAUUGGGGAAGGGUGUGAAGAAGCUUCAGAGCUGUAUCCAGAGGUUCAAUACACUCGCAUGGAUGCUUACCUAAAGCGCUACUUAUGAGACGAAUCUAUGUUCAAAUUAUACUCUCGCCGUCCUACGGAGUAUUUUGUUUGUCUAUUUUUUAGUAGUUCUUUAAUGUCCUAAACUCGGUGUCCAUUUUGAAAAGUUCAAGAAUAAAAUAAGUCUUGUGAAAAUUUUAUUUUA